GCUCCGGAAAUGACGCGGGUGAUUCUCGGGGUCGCGUCUUUCCCGCACCCAGGGGUUUGUGGGAUUCCGAGUUGCGCAGAGGCUGAGAUUCUAGAGCACCCUCGACACCUCCACCCCACGCACGUGUUGCAGUAAUAUCAGAAUUUGGCGUGCGGUUUACCCGUGUUUACCGCUUUGCUUCUCCUUUGUGAAUCGUCUCUGUUUGAGCAUCACGAGACCUAUUUUAACACUGGUGCGGGGCCGCGAGGACGUGGUUUUAAACUUUAAAAUGAAAACGUAGAACUAGGAAUGUUGCUGUGAGACCCCUUGGACAAACUGAUUUUUGCAUGGAGGACAGAACUUGAGCAAUCUCUGUCUUGGCCUUACCACUGACGUCCCUUCUUUCCUGUGGGGACGGGAUGGAUAGAUUCCUGGUGAAAGGGGCUGAAGGGGGCCUUUUGAGGAAGCGGGAGGAGCAAGAGGCAACUGGAGAAGAGCCCCUUGUGUUGGGAGGAGACCAAGAAAGCACAAGGAAGAGGCCCAGGAGAGAGGCCCCGGAGAAUGGAGGCCACUCCACAGGCCCCAGCUGGCGGUAUGUUCGGGCGGAGGGCCUGAACUGCAGUUACACAGUGCUGUUCGGCAAAGCUGAGGCAGAUGAGAUUUUCCAAGAGUUGGAGAAAGAAGUAGAAUAUUUUACAGGGGUGCUGGCCAGGGUCCAGGUGUUUGGGAAGUGGCACAGUGUGCCCAGGAAGCAGGCAACGUAUGGCGACGCUGGGCUGACCUACACAUUCUCAGGCCUCACGCUGUCUCCAAAGCCGUGGAUCCCAGUUCUAGAGCGCAUCCGGGAUCGCGUCUCUGUGGUGACUGGAGAGACCUUCAACUUUGUGCUCAUCAACAGGUAUAAAGAUGGCUGUGACCACAUCGGGGAGCACCGAGACGAUGAAAGAGAACUGGCCCCUGGGAGCCCCAUCGCCUCUGUCUCCUUCGGUGCCUGCAGAGACUUUGUCUUCCGGCAUAAGGAUUCCCGUGGGAAAAGCCCCUCGCGGAGGGUGGCGGUGGUCAGGCUGCCGCUGGCCCACGGAAGCUUACUCAUGAUGAACCACCCGACCAACACGCACUGGUACCACAGUCUUCCUGUGAGAAAGAAGGUUCUGGCUCCACGGGUCAAUCUGACGUUUCGUAAAAUUUUGCUUACUAAAAAAUAAAAAUGUUUUUAACAGUU